AUGCCUGAAUCAUUAGAUUCCAUAUAUCAGGGCGAAUGGAAAAACAAUUAAAGACAUGGCAAAGGAAUUCAAAUAUAUCCAAAUGGUAUUAUUUUUGAAGGAUAUUGGGAAGAUCAUAAAAUGCUUGGAAAAGUAAUCAAGAUUGAUGGCGAGAACAUAGAUUGCGUUAUUGAGAAUAAUCAAAUUGUUUAGAGUUCAAAAACCAUCCCACAAGAAGAUUUAGAGCAUUUACUAAAUCAAUCAUUGGAUAAAAUAUACACAUCCGAAAAGAUCACAUAACAAAUACAAACAAAAUUUAGCUUUUAACGCAUCAUUUCAGAAGAAAUCGAAUAUGAUGGCCAAAUGCUUGAUGACAUGAAGCAUGGCUUGGGUAUUGGAAAAUUUUAAGAUGGAUCUGUUUUUGAAGGCCAGUGGAAGAAUAAUAAACAACAUGGGUUUGGUAAGAAAACUUAUUAGAACGGAGAUAUUUACUGUGGUUAUUGGCAUGAAGGGGAUAUUUUCGGAUUUGGAGAAUACUUUUAUUAAUAAGGUGCCACCUAUGUUGGAUAUUGGAAAAAUAGUGUAAAACAUAUUUACGGGAAGGAAUCUUGGAUCGACAGUGCUUCCUAUGAGGGUGAAUACUAUGAAGGGAAGAAGAAUGGGAAAGGCAAGUUAGUUUUCCAAGAUGGAUCCUAUUAUGAAGGGGAAUUUGAAAUGGAUGACAUACAUGGAUAUGGCUCACAUCAUUGGACUGAUGGGAGAAGCUAUGUAGGAGAAUGGGUCUAUAAUAAGAUGUGGGGAAUGGGCAAGACUAUUUGGGCGGAUGGCAGAUCAUAUGAAGGAGGUUAUAUGGAUGAUAAAAAAUAAGGAUUAGGAACAUUUAUUUGGAAUGAUGGUAGGAAAUAUAUUGGGGAGUGGAAACUUGGAAAACAACAUGGAAUUGGAUUGUACUAGGCUCCUUCUGGUGAAUAUAGGUAUGGAGAGUGGGCUGAAGGGAAAAGGGUGAAAUGGUUAGACUUAUAGGAAGACAAGGCAAUAAUUGACAAUUUUUUGCAUAAGAAUACUGAAAUCGAACACAGGAAUGGGUCAAUUUACAAUAGCCAUAUCACUGAUACAUCUAUGAAUGGUAGCGAUAGAUCUCACGGCAAGAAGGUGUAUUAGUUAACAUUGUCAGACAAGAGUAUAUACAUAGGAGAGCUGUUUCAGUAGAAGAGGGAAGGAUAGGGGAAAUUGAUAUGGAAAGAUGGAUCAAUUUAUGAUGGAGAGUGGAAGGAUGAUGAAUGUAAUGGAUUUGGAAGAUAUAUUAGUUGCGAAGGUGAUGUGUAUGAAGGGGAAUGGAAACAUGAUAAGGCUAAUGGACAUGGUGUAUUUACUAACAGCGACGGAGUUAUUUAUGAAGGAAAUUGGAAGAAUGAUAAAUAAAAUGGAUAUGGCAAAUAAAAAUGGCCGGAUGGGCUCUAUUAUGAAGGACAAUUUGUGGAGGGGAAAAAGCAAGGCUUUGGAAAGUUGAUACAACCGGAUGGAUCUUAUUAUUAAGGCACUUUUGUGAACAACUAAAUAGAUGGAGAGGGUUUGUAAGUCAAUAUUGAUGGAUCUCGAUAUGAAGGGUCAUUUAAGAAGGGGAUGAAGCAUGGAAGAGGAACUCUGAUAAGUCCAGAUGGGAACAUAUUUAUUGGAAAUUUUGAGUUAGACAAACAAGUUGGAGAAGGAAGGGUGGAAUACCACAAUGGUAAAUUAUUUUUUGGAGAAUGGUUGAAUGGGGAGCGUCAUGGUAAAGGAAAAUACAUUUACAAGGAUGGCAGAGUCAUUAAUUGUAUGUGGUAUAAAGGAAUGAAGAUAGAAAAAUGA